AUGAAAACCAAAGACGGUACUGCAGCUGUUGUGGAAGUGCAACGUACCGAGAAGCUAAAGAGACGAGCCACCUCAAAAGGAAGGACGGUGGCUGAAUCGGCUAUGAUCAGAGCGUUCAACGCUCAGUUCGCCGAGUAUAGCUCUGAGCUAAAGAAAGGUCUUCCGGUCACCGAGUAUACUAGUGUUCAUCUCCGAGACAAGUACUGGCCAGUUUCUGCAUUUGAUGGAGCCAAUGAUAUUGUGCAUGAACAAGCAGUUCUUGAUUUUUGUAAUAGAGAAGGCGUGAAGUUUGGUUUGUACAAGUAUGUGGAAGGAUUGAUUGAGCGUAAGAUGAUGAGUUUUGCUGUACGCGAAGCGGAUAAUCUUCGGGCUGUUCUUAAGGAAAUGGAAUGUUUUGAAGUUCCGGUCUCGUCUAAGGAUGGAAAUUGUCGUGUUGGUGAGAAGAGGAAAGAUGUUUGCUCGCUGCUUGGUCAUGGUGGAGGAACAUCGUCUAAGAGGAAGAUUUAAAACGUCGACUCUUACUCGUAAGAAGUAGAUCUGACUUUGAGUCUAGAGUUGGAGAAUGGUUUUACUACAUCAGAUCAUGAAUGGGUUUUAUUUUUUGUCUAUCAAGAGUCUCUUUG